AAGAUCGUAAUUAUGGGGUUCUUAGGAUGGAAUUUUUAGCAGAAUAUAAUAACUCAUUUUUUAAUUUUUAACUAAAAAUAUUAAGAACCGGUUCUUAAAUAUGUAUUUUUGGUUAAAAUUUAAAAGACAGUUUUUUAUAUUCCGCCAAAAAUCUCACACUAAAAACUCCCUAUUAAUCAUGUUCUAACGGAAGACUUUGCAUAGUUUCCUUUUUACUAUCUAGUUGUAAAAUUUAACAAAAAAGGACACGGUUAGAUAUGUAAGAAGAAGUGUGAUUAGCAUGUUAUUUUGGAUACACACUCAUAACCAUAUAUAUCACAACCAACUUUUUUUUUAAUGGAAUGAAUAGAGAUGUGGUUGGCAUUUCAUUUUCUGGUUACACUAGUUUUAAAUUUGGUAAAGACUUCUUCUACUCAUGCACCAUAAUGCUUACCAUAUGAAGAAAUGUUAUUUGCCUUGCUGUGAGUAUUGUUUGGCUUAAAUGCUUAAUCUCUUUGCAUGUAUAAGUUUAUGUUGUCUUUGAUGUGUGGUGUAUAAUGUAUGUUGCUUGUGUCGCUAGUUAAAUGUGUUGUGUUGCUCUUUUCCAGCUUCUAUAAAAUCAGUGGCUAACUCUUAUUGGCUGUAAUGUGUGAUUUUCAUAUUUAACAUAAUAUUUGCUAGGCGAUAACCAACUAAGUUGUCUCGACUUCUCUGAUGAUCUUCACAACAAGUACUGCAAAACAAUACUUAAACAUAUGUACAAAGCCUUUCAAAAAUUAACACAUAUUUUGACAUUUUGACAACAUCCCACCAGCUUAGUGUGUGUAAAAUAUAAGAACACACUAACUUGGUUCGGAUUUGGAUAACGGUCAGGUUUUUUGGAUAACUGUUUUGGUGUCUGAAUUUGCUGUCCAAGUCAAAACUAGUAGUCUCGUCAGUGGAAAAGAAAGAAUGCUUAAGCUGUUCCUCUCUUUCUCUUAAUUGAGAGAUUGAUGAGAGCUAACUUGUAGACUUUCUUAGAAAAAAGAGUGAGAUUUUUCUUUAGAAAUUGGAAUUUGCAGACAUGAUCUUUUAUUAUUUGAGUCUUGGGCUUCUCUUUGGUGGUUAUAAGGUAUGUCAUGCGGAUGACAACCAACGUUGAGCCAAAGCACUUCAAAGAGUGCGGAUGACAACCAACGUUGAGCCAAAGCACUUCAAAAAAGCAAUGAAACAUAGAGUAUGGCGUGAAUCAAUGAGUUCAGAAAUUGAAGCUCUUGAAAGACAACAUAUGUGGGAUCUUCAAGAGUUACCACCAAACAAAAAGGCUCUUGGAACCUUUAUCCUUAAUAUAAGCUGGGUCUAAUCUGUACAUAUUAUAAGGUUAGUUAUCUAUACAUAUUAACAUAGUUCCUCUUCUCUUUCAGUAACAUUUAAACUUGAAAAUUCCAGUGUUUCUCUUUUUGUGGGUUUCAUUUCUUGGGCGUUCAAGUUUCUGCUUCUUCUUUUUCAAUAUAGGAUGAGAAGUUACUGUAAUAUCAUGUAAACCACUCCAAAUGCAGAAAAUGGAGUACUGUAUUUAGAUUGUUUAGUUUUAAUGCAUGAAUACACCUAGAGUUGUCCAGGUACAUGCUUCCUUUACCAAAAAAAAAAAAUAUCUAAUGUCAAACAAAACAUGGAUACAAAUACUUGUUCGCAGUUAAUUAUGAUUUCAAUUGCCCAAGACAGAGAUAUCUGUCACAUUUAUAAAAAAAAUGGAUAAUGAAUAUGUAUACAAUUCCAACGGGUUACCUGGACAAAUCAUUGAUUCAUUAGAUAGAAUUAGGAUACUAUAAAUAAUACGAAGUUGUGUUCCACCUCCAUAAAAUAAAAAUCGAGAUUCGAAUCAAUAUGACUUAGUCCAAUAGGAAUAAAACAAGAACACGACCUAAUAAGUUCUAAGAGGUCAUAUGUUAUUAAUUAUCAAACAAGGACCAGGUCUACAUUUUAACAACCGGAAGCUCGACUAAUCUUGAUUUACUUUCUCAGAAGAAUGUGCAUGCCAUGACUUAGGCUUUAAAAAAACAAAAAGGAAUAAUUCUAACAAGAGCAGAGCUCUCACUUUGGAGGUCAGCUGAGCUGAUGGUGUUCACUUGAAAGUGGACAAACGGGGAAGCUUGUCCCUCAAACGUAGUUGGCAAAAAAAAAAACAAAAAAAAAAUAGAUGACGUCGGUCACGUGCCGUCGCUUCAUACAAACCAAAGUGGUCAACGUGUUCUGCCUUUUGGCUCUUCCCUAACGAAGAGGACACGUGUCACAUCGUCACACAUGACGUCGUCUUCUCUCUCUCCUUCCCGCCAACCUCUCUCUCACCUCUAAUCUUCCUCCAAUUAAAAUUCGUGAUUCUGAUUUCUCAAACACACAAAAACAUGGAUUUGUGUUUUGAUUCUGUUCCCUAAAGUUUUGAUUUUUUUUUUUCACGAUUAUUAUCAUUAUAUUGAGAGAGUUCAAAAAAGAUGACGUUGGGUUCAAAGAGGAAGACACCACCAGGGGUUCAGCUUCUGCGGAGAAUCAGAGGAAGAAACUGGAGCCCGAAGACGUUUCGCUACGUGAUUCUACUGAUCACUUUCAUCGCGUACGCUUGUUACCACGCUUCUCGAAAACCAAGCAGCAUAGUCAAAAGCGUUUUGCACCCAGAGCCAAGCACUAAGCCACCACCGCAAGCUCAUAUUAUCAACGAGCAUCCUUGGCCUUUGGGAAACGUGUUCGUGAAGGAAGAAGCGAAUGCAAAUAAUGAGUCUAAAGGAUGGGAACCGUUUAACGGGAAAGGUGGUACGUCGAGGCUAGGAGAGAUCGACGUGGCGUUUCUCGCUUGUUACUCGUUGGGAAUGUACGUUGCUGGACAUUUGGGUGAUACGUUGGAUCUGAGGCUGUUUCUGACUUGGGGGAUGAUUGGGAGUGGAUUCUUCGUGGGGCUGUUCGGGAUGGGCUAUUUCUGGAAUGUUCAUGCGUUUUGGUUCUUUCUGGUGAUGCAAAUGGCGGCUGGGUUGUUUCAGGCGACGGGCUGGCCGUCUGUUGUGGCUGUUGUCGGGAACUGGUUUGGGAAGAGGAAGAGAGGGCUUAUAAUGGGGAUAUGGAAUGCUCAUACUUCUGUCGGGAACAUUUGUGGUUCUUUGAUAGCUGCUGGUGUUCUUCAAUACGGUUGGGGGUGGUCUUUUAUAGCUCCUGGUUUCGUCAUGUCUUUGGGAGGAGUUCUUGUUUACUUGUUCUUGGCUGCUUAUCCUGAGGAUGUUGGGUUUCCGGAUAUCAAUUCUAAUUCCGGUAAGUUCAUUAAGAGGAACAGAGACAUUGAAGAAGAAGAAGAAAGUGUAGAAGCAGAUGUUGAAGGAGAAGAAAGUGAGGGUUCAGGGUUUAGGUAUGAGAAUAAAAAAAGUGUUGGUCUUUUGCAAGCUUGUAUGAUUCCUGGUGUUAUACCAUUUGCGUUGUGUCUCUUCUUCUCGAAGCUGGUGGCUUACACGUUCUUGUACUGGUUACCGUUUUAUCUAAGCCAAACAACUAUUGGUGGAGAGUAUAUGUCUGUGAAAACAGCGGGAAACCUCUCCACUCUAUUUGACGUUGGAGGCAUUGUAGGUGGAAUUCUUGCCGGCUACAUUUCAGAUAAAUUCAAAGCAAGAGCUACGACCGCAGCAACUUUCAUGUACGCCGCGAUUCCGGCAAUGCUUGUGUACCAUUCCUAUGGAGGCAUCUCUCAGACAGUCAACAUCGUUCUCAUGAUGGUUGCUGGUUUGUUUGUGAAUGGACCUUAUGCACUCAUCACAACCGCGGUCUCAGCGGAUCUCGGAACGCACAAGUCUUUACAAGGGGAUUCGAGGGCGCUUGCGACUGUGACUGCCAUUAUUGAUGGGACUGGAUCUGCUGGUGCGGCUUUGGGUCCUCUUCUGACAGGGUUUCUUUCGACUUUGGGUUGGGAAGCUGUGUUCUAUAUGUUGGUCGUUGGGGCUCUUUGUGCUGGGUUGCUUUUGACCCGUCUUGUUAUUGCUGAAAUUAGAGAGAAACUUGGAUAUGUUGAUGAAGCUGAUGCAUCUGAACCACUCUUAAACGAUAGAAGAUGAUGGAGAAGAGAAUAUAUGUGUGAGAACAGAAGACAUUGUUUGCAGUUUUGUUCUGUUAUGUAAUAAGAGUUUGAAGAGGAACUUACAAGUUCAUUGUACUUUGUGUGUUUGUCUGAUUAUGUUGUGAUAUUUGUUUUUGUCUAAUAACAAAUGAAGGGUGUUAGAGUU